UUUAGUUCGGCCUAGCUGAGAGGCUAAUCUCUAACACGAUGAAUCGCACCGACGACAUGAAGAAUGCCUCGCUGAACGACUACAAGCUGGAAGCGAUGGCCUCCGUCGGCUGGGCGGUGGACUCGGACAUUCCAAUGGCGAGUGCCGAGAACUUGGCCAUCCUAAAGGAACUGACUGCUCUGCGGGCGUUGAAGCUGGAGCUGCAGCAGCACAUGAACUCGCUGGAUGAGCGCGAGAUGGCGGUGGAACGACAUACCCGCAACAUUGAGGGCACUAUUCAGCAGAACCUGACACUGUACAGCUCCCUGAAGGAUGAUGUUAUCAAGGAGGCGCACAACGUCCAGCUUGUGAUCUUGGAGCGCAACAAGAUCAAGGAGGAUCUGCGGAAGAAUAACAAGGAGCUGGAGGAGUACACUGAAUAUGUCAAAGUCACUGAGCGAAAGAUUUGCCAGAGCAAGCGCGAGAUAGAUGAGCUGACUUCCCGCAUCAAGUCGGCUAAGACUACCUUGGUGGAGUGGACAGAGGCCAUGGAAGACGGAAACAAGGGCUACCAGCUAAUCGAAAAGUACUACCUCGAUGACCAGCAAAAGGCACGGGAGCUGAACAUUAAGCGUCAGCUCUUGCAGGCGGACAUCGACAAGCGGCGCAAGCAGGUGGUGCUCCUCUAUGACGAGCAAAUGACGCUGGAGAAGAAUCUGGAGCGAACCGCUUGUCUGUACAGGUCUGCCCACGCGGAACGCCGCCAGAUGGUGGAGACGUGGAAGAGCGCCGUGAACCAGAUGACCCAGCGAGAGCACGACAUUCAGCGCAGCGAGAUAGAGUGUGCGGAGCUGGCCCAGAAAGCCCAGCAGACGGCUCAGACCUACAAGGAGUACGACAACCAGCUAACCGAGGUCAUCGAGAACAACCGCCAGGUGGAGCUCGCGAUCGAGUCCCUCAACGAGGAAAGCUCCGACAUGAAAAACCAAAUCCAGAUCCUGAUUGAUGCCACAUUACUGAAGGAGCGCGAGAUCGACGGACUGCGUCGGGAACUGGAGAACCUUUCGAACCGGGUUCACCUGCAGCGCAUGGAUAACCGUAGUCAGAUGAAAAAGCGCGAUGAGAAGGCCAAGGAGCUGGAGAACUUCGCUUCGGUGAUGGAGAAGGUUAACGCUCGGCUGAAGUCUGUACAGAACAAGGCCCUCAAUGCGGAGCAGCGGCUGCAAAUUCUGGAGGAGAUGAUGCAGGCGGAGGAGACGGCUCUGCGAAACCUGGACAAGGAGCAGGAGAAGGUCAACGAGAUGUUGUACCGCACCCAGAGGCAGGUCAUCGAGCUGCAGGACGAGGAGAAGGUCUUGAAGGUGCAGAACGACUCGCUCAACUCCAACCUGGCAGCGAUCAAUCGCAAUCAGCAGCAGGUCAAUAACGAACUCAAGCGGCAGACGGAGAUCCAUUACAGCCUGUCCUUUAAGUGCUUGGAGGCGGAGCGGCGUCUCGCCGAGAUCAAGGGUCUGGCAGAUGACCCCGAGGUAGAGGCCACAAACAUGGCCCGGCUUAACACUCUGGAGCAGGAGUAUGAAAAGUUGCAACGCCUCAUCGCCACCACGGAGGCGCAGAAUAAGAAGCUAAACUAUAACAUGAACAACCUGGUCGUCCAGUACAACGCCGACGAGAAGGAGCUCGAAAUGGUCAGGUUCAAGAUUAAAGAGGCCCAGGUGUACUGCGAGGGCACCGUCAAGAGACUGCGCCAGAUUCGAUACGAGAAUUCCGAGCUCAUAGUCGACCUCAACAUGGUCAAGAUGCGCUGCAGCGACCUAGAGGUUGGCAUCGGAGGCUGCGAGCAGGGCACCUACGACCUAGAGCAGCACCGCCUUGCCUUCCGGCGCGCCAUCAAAGAUCGCACCGUUGAGCUUCGCAGCCAAGAGGAUGUGCUCCUCCUCAAGAAGAAGCAUCUUAACGAGGAACUAAGCACCCUGCGAGCCGACCUCGGGGAGCGGAAGAAGCAGAUUGAGGCGAUGAAGGCGCGCUUUGAACUUACCGCCCAAUUGCUAGGCAAAAACGAGGACGGCUCCAUCAUGACCAGCACACAGCUGAAGGUGGUGAGCGCCCAGGAACGGCAGAUGCUGGCCGACGAGGGCGAUGCCCUCAACAAAAAGGUUCUCAAGGCUGAGAAGGAAGUGGUCGCCCUGGAAAACACACUGCGCCAGUUCGACAAAUCGAACGAUAACUACCGAAAAACAUUCCGAUCUGUGGACGAAAACUCAAAGGAUCGCGAGCGGGCCGAACUGGAGCUGAAGGAACUUGAGGCGGCCUACUGCCGCGAGCUGGAAAAACUGAAGGUUCUCAGGUGCAAGGCACAGCACUACCAGCAGAAGCACGCAGCCCAGCGAGCUGAGGAGGAAGACCUGAUUUCCAAAAUAGAGAAGGCGAAGGCUAGUCGGGCGGAGCACUCUGCAGUUCUGGAGAAGAUCGAGCGCGAACUAGAUGACCAGCGAAUGAAGCUGGACAGGGCCAAUCGAGAGAUCCGGACACAGUUGCGGGAGAUCAAGGCGCGGCCCUUUAGCGAGGAGUACCUGGCGCAGUUCGAGCGGGAUCUGUCUCUACAGGAGCUGGAGGCGCGUAACACCAAGGCGCUGAACAUGAUCACCGAUCUGGCGAACAGCGACGAGAGCGGCACGGAUAUAAUUGGAAUCCUCUUGCGAAAAGGAAUCAAGUUGCCGAUGCACCUGAAGCGCACGUGCAGCCGCGUGUCCUGGAACAGCAGCUCCUCGGGCAAGUCCUCGCAGGGUCAGGACACCGCCUCCUACCUCAAUGUUAAGGGCAAGAAGUUCUCCUGCGACGGGGCUAGUGCCCGGUCCUCCGUCUCCGACAUGAGCUCCCUUAAGGAUGACACAUCCUCCACAACCUCCCACUCCGGACUGAGCAUCAUAUCGCUUGAGUUGCCCUUGCCGAAGAAAAAAUAAUAGUCUAAAAUAUAUUUAUUUAUUAUUCCGUUCGAUAUCCGAUGAUCUCAACCCGUAUGCUCGUAUCUUCACGUGUUGGCAUCGCAGUGUUUACAAAUUGACCAUCUAAACGAAACAGCGAAUAAAAUGCGUUGCCCAAGCGGGUCAAAAC